GCGCUCUCACUGGUGCAGUGGAGCGGCAACUCUAUUGCAAUCAACAUAUCCCAAUAAUUACUAAUUAACUAAACGAUCGCAUGCCAAAUAGAUAUAAAAAAAUAAACAAUAAACUAACUUAGUGGUAACCUGUUCUUUGGUCACAAUUAAGUGGAAAUGAUAAGCGAUAAGAUAUUGUUGUACGUGUUACUUACUACGGUGUGGCGUGGAACUGAAGCUGCUAGCAUACCUUUCCUAAGGCCUCCACACAUAGCAGAUCUAAGAUAUGUCACAGAGAAGAGUGCAGAAGUCCAGAACCCAGUACAGAUUAUACACGGGCGCGUGCGGGAGGGUGUGCCGCCGCCACUGUGCGCGGGCCGCUGCGCCGCGCCUCCCGCCGGCCCCGUGUGUGCCUUUGACGCGGCCGGCACCGCGCGCACUUUCGCCACCCUCUGUGAACUGGAGGCCGUGUCUUGCCGAGAAAGUACAUAUUACGCGAUCACCAGUCUCGGUGAAUGUUAAGAAAAAGAUGCUAAAUAUGAAACAAAGUUCAUCCAUUUUAAUUAAGUUGCUA